UAUUUGUCAGAAGCUAUGAGGUACUGAGUGUUAAUCGAAUUAAUGAUGUAAUAUAUCCGUAUACACUACAGUGUUUUAUCAUAAAUUCUAUAAUUUCAUUUUGAAAUAGUAUUGCUGAAUAAUAUUUCAUAUAACAGAGCAACAGGAAUAGAAGGUUAUACAAGUGAUAAAGAAAAAAAUGUUAGUGUCUGACAAAUGUAAAGAAAUGUCAGAAAUUAAGUGUUUUUGAUAAGAAAAAGGAUUCUAGACGACUGAUAGUUUUGUCUUACAGAAGGAUUUAUAAGAAUUUCAUGCAAUUUUAUAUACACGUUACGAAGCCAGAAUGCAGAUUUUUCAACAACUAAAUGAAUUUGUCAUAAUUUUGUUAAUGAUAUGGUUAGAUGUUACAACAUCUUUAAUAAAACCAGGGAGAAGGGUUUGUCCAAUUUCACGUGCUUCAUCUCAAGUAGUUCCAUCACCACAAACUUACAUUAGACCAUUCAUUGUACCAUGCAAUGGGGAGAAGUGUGGUAACUCAAGUCGAGUUGUUUACAAAGUAGCUGUACGAACCGUGUUCUAUCGUCAAGUUGUCCAUGAUGCUGUGAGAAAAUGCUGUCCAGGCUGGACCAAUUUUGAACCAAAUGAUGAACAAUGCAUGAAGCCUGUGUGUAAAAGUGAAUGCUUAAAUGGAGGCUCGUGUAGAGGACCAGAUUACUGCGCAUGUCCACACAACUUUACAGGCCCUUUGUGUGAACUAGACGUGAAUGAAUGUGAUACUGGGAACCACAAUUGUCAACAAUUAUGUAACAACACUGUUGGUGGUUACUCUUGUAGUUGUUACGAUGGAUUUAGACCUAUAAACGAUAGAGAAUGCGAAUUUUGUCCGUUAUGCUUGAGAGAGUUUGAGAGCGUAAUGAAUAAAGUUGAUGAACUACAAACAAGACUGAAGACCGUAGAAAGUUCAAAGGAAGAAUUUAAGGACAAUGUUAAGGACUUAGAAAGAAAUUACCUCGAAGCAAUGGAAAUGGUCGGAGAACUUCGAGCAGCUCAGUUCAAAGCUCCGAGUUCGACAACUGAAGCGCUACCCAAAGACGACAGUCGAAUCAACCCAAGAAAUAAUUUUGAACUUAUUACAUCUUUGAGUGAUCAGCUUGGUGCCAUAGAGGAACAAAUAGGUUUUAUGAUGGGUCAGAUGGAUUCUGAUGAUAAUGACCAAGGACGAAGGCGAGGACGUGGAUAAGUGUCCUAUUUUAUAUGCACAAUCACUAUGGGAACAAGAUCAACAAAAGUAUGAAAAGAUUACAUUGACAAAGAUGAAUUUGUGUUAAUACUGUGUUUUACUUCAUAUUUCAUUUAUUGUUUAAAUGUUUAUGUUAUGACUGAUUUCGUAUGCUUUAAUGAAAAUUUGCAAAUUUUUAUACAUUUAUUUACUUGUACUUGUGUUUUCUAUAGAAUGUUUGGAUUGCGCAAUAGUUUUGAUUUAGGGCACAUCAUUUAGCUUUCAUGCACCACCAAACAGUACAUAUUUUAUACGUUUAGCUUAUCAGAACCUUUCUGUUUUGAGUGAUCAUCUGCAAGAGAAUUAUGUUAAGCGACAGCUAGGGAUAUAUUAUCGCAUAUUUAGGGUGAAAUGUCCAGUGGUUAUAAAUAAUUGAAUAGAUACUGAAAAUCUUUGGUAACAUUUGGAAUAAUAAAGCUAGCAGAUAAUAGAGUAUAUGAUAAAAUUAUUUCAGUUUCUUUAUGAAAUCUUAGUUUUUUUGAUGCACGGACCAAAAUUUGUAAAUUGCACGAACUUACAUCUUUAUUAAAAGGAUUUUAACUGACUCAUAAGUAAUUAAGUUAAUGAAUAUAUCAUAUAAUUGUAUCAAAAACUAAAAAUAAAAAUAUUUUUCUUUCCUUUUUGAGUUUUGGAUACCCUUGGCCGUAUCAAAGAUGUCAUCUCGUGAAUUUUAUUUGACAAUAGAGAUGUUGGGCAUCUAAAACGUUUUGAUUUAUUUGCAUUUAGUAUCAGAUUGAUAGACGGAUUUUUAACUCCCAGAGGAUAAAGUCGCUCAGCCAUAUGCAUAACGAGAACAUUAGGGUGUAUGACAUUUGAGCCAAUUCUGAAAAUACCAUGUUUUCAUUUGCGUCAAAAUAAAGUUUUUAUUUGCGCCAA